AUGCCGCCGACUGAUGCCUCCGCAGAGGGCUCUUCAUCCAAUGAGUUAGCUUGUACAUCUUGUCGAAAUCGUAAGCUGAAGUGUGAUCGCGUCAAGCCUGCCUGCACUCGAUGUGCGAAGUUCCAGGGAGAAUGUGUCUAUCCUGAGUCUCGAAGAAAACCUGCCUUCAAGCGGAGGAAUGUAAAAGAGCUCGAAGCUCGUUUAGCACAAGUGGAGGAUCUCCUCAAGCAAUCUGGGGACAAAGACUCAGGAGAAGAAAAGGCAGAUGAAAUAUUUGAUUUCAAUUUCGCCGACUUCGCACCUACUACUGAAGAUGUAUUCCUUCAGGGCAUGGAUUACACACUCCCAUCGGUUCCAAUUGAAGGUGGCGCCAUGUUCUCGAUGCCUCAAGCCGAUCCCUCCAUGCCAUUCACAGCCGCAGAUGGCACUCAAACAUCUGGCGCGGCCUUCGGGACAGAGCUAUUCGGCUUAGGUAUGUCCGAAACGCUGCCACCUUUCGAAGUGACAGAGGAGCUGAAUCGGAUCUUCUUUGAGCGUCAACAACAUUUCAUUCCCAUUGUACAACCCGCUAGAUAUUAUCAAGCUUACUACUCAACACCUCAUAUGAAACCGCCAAUGUGUCUUCAGUAUGCGAUUUGGACUUUAGCGUCCAACGGUCACGAGCAAUAUGGCCAUCUCCAUGACAUCUUUUACCAACGCGCUCGGCAAUACGCAGAAGCCGACGAGUUAAAGGGAUUUGGAGAACACUUCAUCACCGUCCAGCAUGCUCAAGCAUGGGCCCUGAUAACCACGGAUGAGGCCAAGUGUAUGCUGUUUACUCGAGCAGCCAUGAGCGGAGCCCGUGCCAUUCGUUUAGCACACAUGAUGGGCCUUCAUCGGUUGGACGGAAAUGACGAAGAUCUUUCUCCUACACUGAUGCCGCCCAAAGAUUGGGUCGAGCUUGAGGAACGUCGACGAACAUUCUGGGGAAUCUUCUGUCUGGACAGCCAUAGCUCUGUUUCAACCGGGUGGCCACACUUGAUCGAUCCUUGUGAGAUUACAACGCAUCUCCCGGCGUCAGAAUCCGCCUUUGUAAGUGGUGAGCCCAUGGAGACUUGCAUGCUCCAUGAGGCGUUCAAGGGACCGUCAUACUCCUCCUUCGCUGGAGCCAUACUCGUCUGUCAUCUCUUCAACCAAAUAAUGAGGCACGUCCAUAGGCCUGGCCGAGAAGACCACCCUGAAAAUUACGAAUACGGCGAGUACUGGCAGCGACACCGCGGAAUUGACAACACAAUUUCUAGCGCUUUCAUGUUCCUACCUGAACAUUUUAGACUCCCGGAACAUUACCGGGAUCCGACUGCGGUCCAUACCAAUUUAAACUACCAUGCGUCACUCAUCUGUCUACACCUUGCGGCGCUGGAGAGAAUAGAUGACUACAAGCUCGCGGACCACGCGAAAAUUGCAAGCGAGAGUCGCUUGUUCACCGCGGCACAAGAAAUCGUCAAUAUCAUGAAGAUGACAAGUCACCUGAAGACAAACCCUCGAAGUCCAAUGGCGGCCGUAGCUCUCUACUGCGCGGCAUCGGUGUUCAUCUAUCAAUGCAAAGCCAACCCAAGCCCGAAGAACAUUGACAACUUGGACUUCAUCGUCGUCGCCAUGGAAGCCAUCGGCCGCGAGCACAUUAUCACUCGGGCGUUCCUGAAGCAGCUCCUGGUGGACAUUGAGCUCAACAACAUCACGCAGAUCGGGCGGCCGCCCAGCGUAGACGACAUGCCGAACACCAUCACGGUCGGCAACCACAGGAUCCCCCUGCUCGCCCGGACGCACAUCAACAGGCACUCCUCCAGGCCGCAGCCGCCGCUGCCGGGACGCCUGCCCCUGGGCAAACCCCAGGGCAUCGUAAACCCGCACAGGAUGCGCGAGUGCGGCAUCGGCUGGGGCAGCUCCAUCAAGGACAACGGCACGGGUGCCGGGCUGUGCACCUACGCCGGGGACCACGGCCUGAAGUCCAUGCUGGGCCAAGAUAUCACUCCGGGCUCCAUCAUCCCUGACGAAGGGAACGCCGCGAAGCGCAAAAGAGGCUCACACGGGGACGCCAGCACGACCGAGCCCGGUCAAGAUCAGGACCCGCUGCUCUGGGGACCAACAGCAGCAGCAGCAACAACAGCGAGCGACACGACGCCGUCAUCGAGCUCGACGCUGCCGACCGAAUCCGGCGACCCCGAGAUCCCGAGCACGCGGCCCGAUGUCUUCGCGUCGUUCCAGCGAUCGCCGUGGGCUCACCUGUCGCGGGGCAUCACAAACAGCCUUCCCUACCGCGCGACAACGACGGCCGCGGCCGGACAGGAAACCCCCGCGACGGGCCCCGCCGACGAGCCCAUGCCGCCGCCGCCUCAGCCAGCACCAGCUCAAGCGCGAGCGCGGGGUGCCCCCGGCCCCGCAGCCAGGGAGGCUGCAGCAACGGCGCCCCUUGACCGCGCUGGCCUGUUCACGUUCGCCCAGCGGCUGACGGGCUCGGCGACGGCGGUCGUCGCGCCGCCGGGGAGAAGCGACCCGUGGUUCAUGGCAGCUGCCGCUGGGGUUAACGGGCAGGGCGGCGGCGAUGCGGACGAGCUGGACUGGGAGGCGCUCGCGACAUCUGCGGGCAUCGACGUGGCGGCUUUCCCUGGUCUCGUCGCCAACGUCGAGGCUGGCGCGGGGAGGAACCAUCCUGGUUGA